GGAGUAAGCGGAGAACUGUCUCGGAGGUGCUGGAGACUCACUUGAAAAACAACAGCUAACGUUAGCAAGUGGAGUUGCUAGCAAACGCAAUUUGUUAGCAACUGUUGUUAACAUUAAAGUAGCGUUGGAUUUAAUCGCAACACACCAAACGUAGUCUUCUAUUCAACCCCAUAGCAGUGAGAAAGGCAAUGGUCCAUGAAGAGUUUUGGAUACACGGAGAGUGGCUUGUCCACCAAGGUCAUCAUCAGACACUGGAGCACCGAUAAAACACUCAAAACUGGUGUGUGUUUUUGGAGGGUGUGGGAGAGCAAAAGGUGACGGUACAGUAUUCCAGAGAGAUACUAGUUGGAGACAGCAGCUUCUAUAAGAUAAACCAUGAUCCCCAUCACUGAGUUGCGGUACUUUGUGGACACACAGCCGGCAUACCGCAUCCUGAAACCAUGGUGGGAUGUGUUCACAGACUACAUCUCCAUUGUUAUGCUUAUGAUUUCUGUGUUUGGGGGGACACUGCAGGUCACCCAGGACAAGAUGAUCUGCCUGCCCUGCAAAUGGGUGGUCAAUCAGACCUGCAGGAAGAACUUCAAUUCUACUCUCUCCCCAUCAUUGUUCUUGGAGCCCAAAGGGAUCCAGUAUGAUCUGGACCGCCACCAGUACAACUAUGUAGAUGCUGUGUGCUAUGAGAAUAGAUUGCACUGGUUUGCCAAGUAUUUUCCUUACCUAGUAUUACUUCACACCCUUAUUUUCCUAGCUUGCAGCAACUUUUGGUUUAAGUUCCCACGGACUAGUUCCAAACUAGAGCACUUUGUAUCCAUCUUGCUGAAAUGCUUUGACUCUCCAUGGACAACUAGGGCACUGUCAGAGACGGUGGUCGAAGAGAGUGACCCAAAACCAAUGAAAAUGAACGGCUCAAUGGACCACAAGGAGUCCGUUAUCAGUGAGGAUGUUGAAGCCAGUGUUCCUAUGCUCCAAAGAACAAAGACACGCCUUGAGCAGGGCAUUGUAGAUAGAACAGAAACUGGGGUUUUGGACAAGAAAGAGGGUGAACAGGCAAAAGCACUCUUUGAAAAAGUCAAAAAGUUCCGUAUACACGUUGAAGAAGGAGACAUUGUAUACAGACUGUAUAUCCGUCAGACUAUCAUCAAAGUCAUCAAGUUUAUUUUGAUAAUCUGCUAUACAGGGUAUUACGUGCAUGAUAUUCAAUUCAGUGUUGACUGUUCGGUGAAUAUAGAGAGCCUGACAGGUUACAGCAUGUACCGAUGUGCUCACCCCUUGGCUACACUUUUUAAAAUAUUAGCCUGUUUCUACAUUAGCUUAGUAAUGGUGUAUGGUUUGAUCUGCAUGUACACACUUUCCUGGAUGCUUCGGCGCUCUCUAAAGAAGUACUCCUUUGAGUCGAUACGGGAAGAGAGCAGCUACAGUGACAUACCCGAUGUGAAGAAUGACUUUGCAUUCAUGAUGCACAUGAUAGAUCAGUAUGACCCGCUGUACUCCAAACGCUUCGCUGUGUUCCUCUCAGAAGUAAGCGAAAAUAAGCUGAGGCAACUCAACCUCAACAAUGAGUGGACGUUGGACAAGCUCAGGCAAAGGAUUACCAAGAACUCUCAGGAGAAGUUGGAGUUGCACCUUUUUAUGCUGAGUGGCAUUCCAGACACAGUAUUUGACCUGAUGGAGCUGGAGGUUGUUAAACUGGAGCUUAUCCCUGAUGUCACCAUCCCGCCGAUCAUCGCCCAAUUGGUCAACCUGCGAGAGCUGUGGCUUUACCACACACCAGCCAAAAUCGAAGCUCCUGCAUUGGCUUUUUUGCGUGAGAACUUGAAGUCUCUGCACAUCAAGUUCACUGACAUCAAAGAGAUUCCCUUAUGGAUCUACAGUUUGAAGAAUCUUAGUGAGCUUCAUCUCACAGGGAAUCUCAGUGCGGAGAACAACCGUUACAUUGUCAUUGAUGGGCUCCGGGAGCUCAAGAGGCUCAAAGUUCUUCGUCUGAAGAGCAAUCUCACCAAGCUACCUCAGGUAGUGACUGAUGUGGGCUUGCACCUCCAGAAGCUUUCCAUCAAUAAUGAAGGCACCAAGCUGAUGGUGCUCAACAGCCUGAAAAAGAUGGUCAAUCUGACUGAGCUAGAGCUCAUUCGCUGUGAUCUAGAACGCAUACCACACUCAAUCUUCAGCUUGCACAACUUGCAGGAGAUUGAUCUAAAAGACAACAAUCUAAAGACCAUCGAGGAGAUCAUCAGCUUCCAGCACCUUCAUAGGCUGGUCUGCCUUAAGCUCUGGUACAACCAGAUUGCCUAUAUUCCCAUCCAGAUUGGCACACUGACCAACCUGGAGAAACUGUACCUUAACAGAAACAAGAUCGAGAAGAUCCCCAGCCACUUGUUUUAUUGCCGCAAGCUGCGCUUCCUGGACCUGAGCCAUAACAACCUAACUGAUAUCCCUACAGACAUAGGCUUCCUCCAGAAUCUUCAGUACCUGGCAGUUACUGCCAACAGGAUUGAGCUUCUGCCUAAUGAGCUGUUCCACUGCAAAAAGCUUCGCACUUUGAACUUGGGGAACAAUUGCCUGCAUUCUCUGCCAUCGCGGUUUGGAGAGCUGACCGGGCUGACACAGCUGGAGCUGAGAGGAAACAAUCUGGAGUGUCUGCCUGUGGAGCUGGGCGAGUGCCGACAGCUAAAGAGAACGGGUCUCGUGGUAGAGGAGGACAUCUUCAACACCCUGCCCACAGAGGUCAAGGAACAAUUAUGGAAAAUGGACAAAGAUCAGGCUUGAACAAGUCUGUGGCUGUGUGUUAAAAAUACUGACCAACUGGGCGCUGACACAGAAGGAAGACCCACGCUGUCCUAGAAGGCUUGUUGAAUCAGGCAGUAGUUCUGCUGCAGUGUACUGUCAGUAAGGGUAGGUAUCGAGAACCAGUAACAGUUUGGUAGAACCAAAAUACUGAUAGAUUCUGAUAGAUUUUCAGGCCUUUCCAUUAUAACCAAUGAAGGAUGCUUCUUUUAGCAACAAUGUAGCAGUGCCAUUGUGAUCAGCAGCGUGCAUUUCCAUGUUAGGCUUCUCAGUUAUGGUGGCGAAGUAAGCAAAACUGUGGAAAUUAAGACAGAAUACAUUAUUAAAAUAAUCUGUCCAGUAGUGUUAGUUUUACAAAUUAGAUAGGAUGGUGAUCGUUAAGACAUCUGCCUCUUAAUUUCUGUGUAGGGAUUGUCAAAUUCCGAACUCCCAUUCUUAUCGUAACAUGCAAAGUAAUUGAUCAUGGAAUCGUUUUAGAGGAAAAAAUGUGCAAACGUUCACUCACAAUAUUUGACAAGUCAUCUGAUUAAAUUACCAAAUGUUAUAUUGGUCUAUAGGGAAUGACCAUACCAAUUACAAGCAAACUACACAGUCAAGUCAGCAAUCUUUGAGAUAGAAUAGUGGCUGUUCCAUGUCUUUUUAAUUUUCCAUCUUGUUUGUCCAGCACUGACACAACCUAAACUAACUCCCUUGUCAUUGUUUUUCUGCUGCAGAGGGAAGACCAUGGCCCUCAAAUACCUUCAUGUGUGCUUGGUUUGAAAAUGAACGUAUAACAAUAAAUAACAAAUCAGGGAUAACUAAUGAUAA